AUGAACCGCCACCAGUUGCCGUGCCUGCCCCGUCAAUCUCUCCCCACCCAUCUCCACCCGCCCCAUUUCGACCCUUUCCCCUACCCAUCCCCUUCCCACACCCAGGUUUUCCUUCACAGCAUCACCUCACGGAUGGAGGAGAUGCAGCUGCGACGGCAAGACCUCACCUGGUGGAUGAACCGUCACCAGUUGCCACCUGGCCUGCAGCGGCGCGUGCUGAGGCAGGAGCAGCAGAACUUCACGGCCACCAGGGGAAUUGAUGAGGAGGGGCUCAUUCGCAGCAUGCCCAAGAGUUUGCGGCGAGAUAUCAAACGCCAUCUGUGCCUUGACCUGGUCAAGCAGGUGCCGCUAUUCCAAGUGGUGGACUCUGCAGCCCUGGAUGCAGUGUGCGAGCGACUCAAACCGCUCAUUCUCAUUCAUGGGACAGAGCCUGCCUCUUACCGCCCUCUCCCUUCCUCCUCUCCCUUCCUUUUCCAUUCCCUCUGCUCCCUCCCUCACCCUUUUCACUCCCAAUCUCCCCCUUUUCCCCUUUCCAUCCUCCCUCCCCCGUCGUACCUCCCUCGCCCUCCCUUCCCCCCCCCCCCACUUCCCCCUCAGCUCGUGUCUCAUCCGGGAUGGAAGCUUCUGUGGGGACGAGCUGCUCUCGUGGGGCUUGGCCCACUCCCCAAACACCAGCCAGCUAGCCUCCGCUACUGCCUCGCUCUCCCUACUCCCCUCCCCAUACUUCCCCCCCUUACCCCUCAGCUCGUGUCUCAUCCGGGAUGGCAGAUUCUGAGGGGACGAGCUGCUCUCGUGGUGGCUGGGCCACUCGUGUCUCAUCCGGGAUGGAAGCUUCUGUGGGGACGAGCUGCUCUCGUGGCGGCUGGGCCACUCCCCGGACACCAACCAGAUUCUAAGGCGUGCCCCGCCAUCCAUCUGUCCCACCUCCCCUUGGAGCUCCUGCCUCAUCCGGGAUGGGUAUUUCUGUGGCGAGGAGCUGCUCUCGUGGGCUCUAGGCCACUCUUCCAUCCAGACACCCACCAGCUAGCCGCUGCCGCCGCUGUCACACCCACCUCUGUGUGCUCUCCUCGCCUCCCUUCUCCCAUCCCUUGCAGCUCCUGCCUCAUCCGGGAUGGCUAUUUUUAUGGAGAGGAGCUGCUCUCAUGGGGCCUAGGGCAAUCCCCUGACACCAAUCAGCUGCCCUCCGCUACAGCCACUCUCACCACAGUCACAGCUGUGGAGGGCUUUGUGCUGGAAGCAGAAGACCUUCUGUUUGUGACAACGCACUUCAAGGUAAUCACAGGGAAGGUUUCACAGCAAGCAGCAAAAGACCUGCCUUCCUGCCUGCUUGCCUUCCUCCGCAUUUCAACUGGAAGAGCCAGCGCAUUCAGCGAUUCAGCGCAUUCAGCGGUGGGUGCACUGCUACUCGCCACACUGGUGAGCUCCGGUGGUGCUUCAAUCAUUGUCUACCCCCCCCGUCUACUUCUCUCUAUCCCUCCCUGCCCGCAGUUCAACUGGAAGAGUCAGCGCAUUCAGCGGUGGGUGCACUACUAG